CCUACUGCGCAUGCGCGUCGGUCUCCGCCUCUCAGAAGUGGAGAGUGUGCUGACGUCAUCGCCAGCCUGGCUCGUUCGGAGACCGGCGGGAAGUUUUCAAAAUGGGAGCACCGAGGCGCCGCCCAGGCCUCGGGAGGUACCGGGGGUACCUUUCGGUGGCGUUGGCGGCGUCGCCAGCUGCGGCGGCGGCCUAGAGAAGGCGUCCUGAUGGGCGCCAAGACCUGCUGGCUUCUCGGAGCGCUGCCUCGGAGGGACUGCGAGAAGGCCGAGCCCCGGGCGCCGGUGGCUCGGGAACAUGGCGGCGUGCAUCGGGGAGAGGAUCGAGGACUUUAAGGUUGGAAAUCUACUCGGCAAAGGAUCAUUUGCUGGUGUCUACAGAGCUGAGUCCAUACACACUGGUUUGGAAGUUGCAAUCAAAAUGAUAGAUAAGAAAGCCAUGUACAAAGCUGGAAUGGUACAGAGAGUCCAAAAUGAGGUGAAAAUACAUUGCCAGUUGAAACACCCCUCUGUCUUGGAGCUCUAUAAUUACUUUGAAGAUAACAAUUAUGUCUACCUGGUAUUGGAAAUGUGCCACAAUGGAGAAAUGAACAGGUAUCUAAAGAACAGAAUGAAGCCUUUCUCAGAAAGUGAAGCUAGGCACUUCAUGCACCAGAUCAUCACCGGAAUGUUGUAUCUACAUUCUCAUGGCAUAUUGCACCGGGACCUCACACUCUCUAACAUCUUACUCACGCGCAAUAUGAACAUAAAAAUUGCUGAUUUUGGACUAGCAACACAGUUGAAUAUGCCACAUGAAAAGCACUAUACACUCUGUGGAACUCCUAAUUAUAUUUCGCCAGAAAUUGCAACUCGAAGUGCACAUGGCCUUGAAUCUGACAUUUGGUCAUUGGGCUGUAUGUUUUAUACGUUACUUAUUGGAAGACCACCUUUUGACACUGACACAGUCAAGAACACAUUGAACAAAGUAGUCCUGGCAGAUUAUGAAAUGCCAGCCUUUUUGUCACGAGAGGCCCAGGACCUUAUCCACCAGUUACUUCGUAGAAACCCUGCAGAUCGGUUAAGUCUGUCUUCCGUGUUGGACCAUCCUUUCAUGUCACGAAAUCCUUCAACAAAGAGUAAAGACUUAGGGACUGUAGAGGACUCGAUGGAUAGUGGGCAUGCUACACUUUCCACAACAAUUACAGCUUCUUCUGGUACCAGUUUGAGUGGUAGCCUACUUGACAGAAGACGACUUUUAGUUGGUCAACCACUUCCAAAUAAAAUUACUGUAUUUCAAAAAAAUAAAAAUUCAAGUGAUUUUUCUUCAGGAGAUGGAAGUAAUUUUUGUACUCAGUGGGGAAAUCCAGAACAGGAAGCUAAUAAUAGGGGACGGGGGAGAGUAAUUGAAGAUGCAGAAGAGAGGCCGCAUUCUCGAUACCUGCGCAGAGCUCAUUCCUCUGAUAGAGCCAGCCCCUCUAAUCAGUCUCGAGCCAAAACAUACUCAGUAGAACGGUGUCACUCAGUAGAAAUGCUUUCAAAGCCCAGAAGAUCACUGGAUGAAAAUCAACACAGUUCCAAUCAUCAUUGUCUAGGAAAAACUCCUUUUCCAUUUGCAGACCAGACACCUCAGAUGGAAAUGGUACAGCAGUGGUUUGGGAAUCUGCAAAUGAAUGCUCAUUUAGGAGAAACUAAUGAACACCACACCGUUAGCCCAAGCAGAGAUUUCCAGGGCUGUCCAGAUUUGCAGGACACGUUAAAUGCUUGGACUGAUACAAGAGCCAGCAAGAAUGCUGAUACGUCUGCUAAUGUUCAUCCUGUAAAACAGCUGAGUACCAUGAAAUUUAUGACUGCACAUCACCAUAAACCUGAGAUCAUGCCACAAGAGCCAGUCCUACAUCCUCAUUCUGAACAAAGCAAGAAUAGAAGUAUGGAGUCGACACUGGGUUACCAGAAACCUACCUUAAGAAGCAUUACAUCUCCUUUGAUUGCUCACAGAUUAAAACCAAUCAGACAGAAAACCAAAAAGGCUGUGGUGAGCAUCCUUGAUUCAGAGGAGGUGUGUGUGGAGCUUCUAAGAGAGUGUGCAUCUGAAGGAUAUGUGAAAGAAGUUCUUCAGAUAUCUAGUGAUGGGACUAUGAUCACUGUUUAUUACCCGAAUGAUGGAAGAGGCUUUCCUCUUGCUGACAGACCUCCCUUGCCUACUGACAACAUCAGUAGGUACAGCUUUGACAAGUUACCAGAAAAAUACUGGCGAAAAUAUCAGUAUGCUUCCAGAUUCAUUCAGCUUGUAAGAUCUAAAACUCCUAAAAUCACUUAUUUUACAAGAUAUGCUAAAUGUGUUUUGAUGGAAAAUUCUCCUGGUGCUGAUUUCGAAGUUUGGUUUUAUGAUGGAGCCAAAAUACAUAAAACAGAAGAUUUAAUUCACAUUAUUGAGAAAACUGGGAUAUCUUACACGUUAAAAAAUGAAAAUGAAGUUACCAGCCUGAAAGAGGAAGUAAGAAUAUAUAUGGACCAUGCUAAUGAGGGUCACCGUAUUUGCUUGUCGCUGGAAUCUGUAAUCUCUGAAGAGGAAAAGGGAAGCAGGGGUUCUUCAUUCUUCCCUAUAAUCGUAGGAAGAAAACCUGGUAAUACUAGUUCACCUAAAGCCUUACCAGCACCUCCUGUGGACCCAAGCUACUCUAAGGGAGAGCAGGCAUCAUCGAGCAGAUUGAGCGUGAAUGGUGCAGCUUUCCCAACACAGUCACCAGGACUCAAUCCUUCUACUGUGACAGUUGAAGGACUUGGCCACACAGCAACUGCCACAGGAACAGGCGUCUCUUCAAGUCUUCCUAAAUCUGCACAGCUUUUGAAAUCUGUUUUUGUGAAAAAUGUUGGUUGGGCCACACAGCUAACUAGCGGAGCUGUGUGGGUUCAGUUUAAUGAUGGGUCCCAGUUGGUUGUCCAGGCAGGAGUAUCUUCCAUCAGUUACACAUCACCAGACGGUCAGACAACUAGGUAUGGAGAAAAUGAAAAAUUACCUGAAUACAUCAAACAGAAAUUGCAAUGUCUCUCUUCCAUCCUUCUGAUGUUCUCUAAUCCAACCCCUGGUUUUCAGUAAUUUAAGUUUCAGAGGUCUGUAUUUAAUAAAUGACUUUUUGGCUGGCUUUCAAGUAAGUGAUUUUUUUAAUUUACUUUAACUUCAGAAAGCCUUUCUAUUAAACAGUUUUAAUCUAAACAAUAAAAAAUAUACUAAGAAAACAAUAAAAUUUCAGUUACCAAACAUAGUGGUCAUAAGGCUAGGACAUCUAAUUUUGCUCCAAGCAUGAUGUAACCCUUCAAAGUUUGUGCUCCUAUGUUUGUAUUGAACUAAGUUGUGUAUGGCUUGUUUUUGUUAUUUUCUUUACUAAUAAGACAUUGAGAAUCACGGACAAAACAUGCUAUAGUUUUGAAAUUUUGAAUAUGUAAAUAAUGUAUUAUAAGCAAUAUGUAAACGUGUAUAUUUUAUAUUUAUUUUUAUAGCACUUGUGUCUGAUAAGAUUUCUGUAAAUACAUGUUAUAAAAUAAACACAGUGGUAAGUUUUCCUUAA